CACCAACGAAAAAUAUUAGCACAAACCACACAUAAAUCGAGCUUCAAUUCGAGCAGAGCAAAGCCCUGGUCUCCAAGUUCGAUAAUCUCACAUGCACACGCACAUAUAUGUAUAGAAACUCAGAUUCUCUUUCUCUUUCCCUCGGAUUCUCGGUUAACUGUACUGGGUUCAUUGAAUUUCGAACUGGGGGUAUCAGGCUUUUGAUGCCAAGUUCGACCAUGCGAUUCGGUUUCUUUCUUUCUGCGUGAAUCUCUCUCUCUCUCUCUCUCUCUCUCUCUCUCUCUCUGUUUUUGUUUUCUGGGAUUUGGGUAUUUUGUUUUGGUUUUGAGAAAUGAAUCCAAGUAACGGGAAGGGAUCUAUUGCAACGGCCAGUUCAAGCGGAGCUUGGAAAGUCGGCGAUGUCGUUCCAGACCAGUUCCCGGCGGGGCUACGUGUGUUGGUCGUCGAUGAUGACCCCACAUGCCUUGUGAUCUUAGAGAAGAUGCUCCGGGCUUGUCUUUAUGCAGUUACCAAAUGCAACAGAGCGGAAAUUGCAUUGUCGCUGCUACGAGAGAACAAAAAUGGGUUUGAUAUAGUUAUAAGUGAUGUUCACAUGCCCGACAUGGAUGGAUUCAAACUCCUAGAGCACAUUGGGCUGGAGAUGGACCUGCCUGUAAUCAUGAUGUCGGCAGAUGAUGAGAAGAAUGUUGUCAUGAAGGGCGUGACUCAUGGUGCUUGUGAUUACCUAAUCAAACCAGUGCGGAUUGAAGCAUUGAAGAACAUAUGGCAGCAUGUGGUUCGGAAGAGAAAGAAUGAGUGGAAGGAAUUGGACCAAUCUGGUAGCCUUGAAGAUGGAGAUCGGCAACAAAAACCGUCUGAUGAAGUGGAGUAUUCAUCCUCAGCUAAUGAAGGGAAUUGGAAAAGCUCGAAGAAGAGGAAGGAUGAGGAAGAAGAUAUCGAGGACAGGGACGAUACAUCCACGUUAAAAAAGCCACGGGUAGUUUGGUCGGUUGAGCUCCAUCAACAGUUUGUGGCUGCUGUUAACCAACUAGGCAUUGACAAAGCUGUUCCUAAGAAAAUUCUGGAGUUGAUGAAUGUUCCUGGACUUACUAGAGAAAAUGUUGCUAGUCACCUUCAGAAAUAUCGCUUGUAUCUUAGAAGGCUAAGUGGGGUUUCACAGCACCACAGCAGUUUGAAUAAUUCUUUCAUCAGUGCUCAAGAAGCAACUUUUGGAUCAAUGUCUUCACUCAAUGGGCUUGAUCUUCAAACGCUCGCUGUUACUGGUCAACUCCCAGCACAAAGUCUUGCCACUCUUCAAGCAGCAGGGCUUGGUAGGCCAACUGCAAAAUCUGGCAUUCCCAUGCCACUGGUAGAUCAAAGGAACCUUUUUAGCUUUGAAAACCCAAAACCAAGGUUUGGAGAAGGGCAACAGCAACAUUUGAGUAGCAGUAAACCAGUGAAUUUACUUCAUGGAAUUCCGACAACUAUGGAGCCAAAGCAGCUUGCCAAUUUGCACCAAUCUGCACAGCCACUGGGGAACAUGAAUGUGCAAGUCAAUGCGCAUGGAGGACACAGUAGCUCCUUGCUGAUGCAGAUGGGCCAAACACAAUCAAGAGGGCAGAUUCUAAAUGAAUCUGCAGGCAGCCAUGUCCCUAGGCUUCCAUCAUCCGUAGGACAUCCUGCUAUAUCAAACGGCAUUGCUGGUGGGGUUAUUGGAAUAAAUGGGAUUGGUGAUAACAGCAGAGGGAUAGGGUACAAUCAAGUUCGGCCAACCUCUUCAAUGUUGAGUUUUCCCAUGAACCACACCUCAGAAUUGGCAAGUAACAGUUUCCCUCUUGGAAGUACUCCUGGGAUAUCCAAUAUCACACCUAAAGGAGCAUUUCAGGACGAGAUUAAUUCAGAAAUAAAAGGAUCCACAGGAUUUGGGGCAAGUUAUGAUAUUUUCAAUGACCUGCACCAGCAAAAAUCCCAAAAUUGGGAAUUACACAAUGUUGGCUUGCAAUUCAGUGCCUCUCAAAAUGCAAAUCGUUUACAAGGAAAUCUUGAUAUCUCACCAUCAGUAUUGGUUCGUCAAGGGUAUUCUUCUAGCCAAACGAGUGGACAGAACAGGAAUGUAUCAGAUAUAGGCAGGGCAGUGUUCUCAGGGGUGGAAAGUACUCAGCAAGGGAAUACACAAAUUAUUGGUCAACAGCUUAAUAACUUUCUUGUUGAUAAUUCCGUCAGGGUGAAGGCUGAAAGCAUCCCCGAUGCAGGUAGUCAGUCAAUCCUCUUUCCUGAAAAUAAUUUUGGUCAGGAGGAUCUCAUGAGUGCACUCCUCAAACAGCAGCAAGGAGGUAUUGCACCAGCUGAAUCUGAGUUCGACUUAGAUGGAUAUUCUAUUGAUAAUAUUCCCGUGUAGAGAGAGCCGUACUCCAGUUCUUUCUAUGAUUGCAGUUUCUGAUGUACAUACUUGCUGCCACAGAUGGAGACUUUACCAUGCAAUCACACAAUGGAGAUUCUAUUUCCAACCUGAAGAAACAGGGCUACAUUAUUUCACUCACUGGCAUCUUCCUAGCUGAAUAGCCUGCUAUGUUGGUUUUAACCUCAACAUGUAAAGUUCGGAACAAUGGACAAUUGAGAUGAUUCAGUUACAUUGGCACAAAUUGUGAAGCCGGUAAGAUACCACUGGAUGAUAUACAAAGGCGGGCAUGCAAAUUUUGACUGCUUUCAGUAGCAAAACAUAGCAAAGAACUGCUAGCUUUAGGUGGUUGAAGGUGUCCAUUGGUUGAGCUCAUAUUGAGUUUGUGGAGAGGAGGUUUUGACACAUCUGCAGAUUUAUAGGAGCUUUCUAAGUCUAUUUAGCAUGUUAAGUUUGAAUGUUUUUCUCAGAUCUUUUAUUCCUUUUUAUUUUUUUUCCUCAUCUUCAGCAAUUAUGAUGUAUAUAUUCAAUUUUAUGCUCUAGACAAAGUCUGGGUAUUCUUUUCUGGUUA